GUUUAAAGUUAUGACAUUCGCACGUCAUGUAAAUAAAGCGUAACAACCCCUCGGAAAAAAUCAUACGGGCGCACAUAGAGAAAAGACUGGAAUGUGGUUGGGGGGGACAGGAAAACCAUAGGGACCGACACCAGGUGUCGCAUCUGUAUAAUUGGUGGGUUAGGGUUAGGUUAUAUUUUGUUGUUUGUUCAUGGUCUGGUUCAUCGCCGAUGCACAUAACACAACAAUGUAACUUGUGAUUAUACUGAUUUUUACGUUUGAUACACAUUUUAAAAAGUAGUUCGAAGCAGUUCAACAAAAUGGGGAGACGCAAAAAUGCCCCACGCCGAUCAGAGGGGGACAUUUGGAGUGCGCAUAAUUACAUACCAAUUGUAAAAAAGCAUAGAACGCUUAGAAAACAUGCUCCUCCUCAUAAGCUUAAGGUAGUCGGACCUACAGAAGAGUGCAAACAUCUUUUGCUAGGAAAGGUUAUGGUAGGUACCAGUAAUAACACAGUACCUACGACGUUUCAAGUUUGCAGAAUCUUGUUUAAAACAAGAUGUGAAGAGAAUGAAGCCAAUGAUCAAGAUACUAUAGUUCUUGAAUAUGAUGAAAAUACUCUUGUUGUCAUGAAAAGCUUAAUUGAAAUGGAGGUGUUGAAAAUGUUGUUACAUCAAAGGUCUUAUCUCUCAGUUUCUGCAUUGAAGAUGAUAAAGCAUUUGCUUAUGUAUUUCUAAGAAAGCUGCCUUUGGCUUCAGUUCAUCAUAAAGCCUUAAAGUCCCUGAAGACUGUAUUCAAAUGGAUU